GAUGGAAAUGAUACAACGUGUGCAGCUCUUACAGGUUCUAGUUUCUCCCUUAAUGUCACAUGGAGUUCUACGGUCUACUUCACAUGGUUGAGGAUUAUAAUCAGCAAUGGUGGUAAUUGAAUUUAUUUGUAUACCUUUGAUUAAUUUUUAAGUUCUCAUUAUCUUGCUCAUAAUUUAUUGGGUUACUUAUUUUAAUGUUUUUAAUUGCAUAUUUUCAUUAACAAUAAAGUUAUUUAUAAUAAUUUUUUUUUCUGUCCUGCAUGUUUAGAAUUAAGAAAAGAAAGUAUUUCAAUAAAGUUUCCCGAUGACGUCACAACACAAAAUGGGGAAUGUAAAAAUGUCUUUGUGGACAAAAUAACAAUGGACAUUUAUUGCAACAUUUCAAAACCUAUUCAAGGAAUUAUCUUGAACGGAUCGUCAGUAAACACAUUAUGUUCACUUUAUAUCUGCAAAGGUAAAGUUUUAUAAUAAAUAAUUUAUCCAUCACUGUAGCGCUAGAUGGAAUCAUCCUCAACACAUUUUAAAUAAUUAGUAAAUAUUUUUAUUUCUUUAAAUAUAAAAGUGAAUUUUUUACAUGAAAAUGAAAGGUAUUUAAUAACCGAGACAAAUAAUAACUAAUAAUAAAUUUGAUUAAUUUAUUGACACAUAUAGUGAUACAUUUUUAUUCCAUUUGUAUAUACAGAAAAUAUAAAAAAAUUGUUCUGUACAUAUUUUUUUCAUUAUGAAAACAACCACUUAGGACGAAAUAUAUAUCUUAAAAGGUUCUAAUUUUUGUUAAGAUUGAACUGAGUAAAGCUUUGAAAUAUAGUUAGAGCUGCAAGUCAUAAUAUAUUCCAUAAAAAGUCAUAGCUUUUUUAAAAUAAAGGGGCUAUGUCAACUGACAUUUUAAUGUGCGCUUUUAAAAGACGCCACGACAAUAGUUUGUACAAAGUAGUGGUGUAAUUAAGGAAGAAAAGAUCAUUGAAAUUAAAGCCACGAUAACUCAAAAUAUAAAAUUAACUUGUUUGUUUUUAAAUUAAUUUUAUCUCCAGGUCGAAAUGUUGCUUUAAAACAGCCAACAACUCAAACAUCAAAUUACGUGAACCUUAUUUUCCCAUCAAGCAACGCUGUAGAUGGUAAUAGUAGUUGGGAUAACGGCUUUUGCACACAUACUAAGGGCGAAGGGGAGUCCGCUCCGACGUGGACGCUAUCUUUUAAAUCACUUGUUACAGUGGCAAGUUACACAAUCUACAACCGAGUUGAU